AUGGCAGACCCGGUGUGGGGUCCAGCAUUGUCAUUAUCUGAAGAAGAAACAGCACGUACAUUAUGUGCUUUUCACGAUAGAGAGACGAUACCAAUCCAACGUCGUCGAUUGCUACGAGCUCAACAAGAACAAGUGUGUCAUGAAUCGAAUCCUGAGAUGCCACAGGUGAAUGGACUGUUAACGUUUGGAUAUCCAUCGAAUGGGACGUACUAUGUGAGACCUCUUUCAGGUCAAAGAGAUGAGGUUGUAUCGUUAUUGGUUGGUACAAAUGCCCCUUCGACAUCCAGUAAUGACUGGCGUCAACAGCAACAAGACACGAUACAGGACCAACUUACACAGCAAGAGGAAUUACGUAUACAGAUGAAUCAAGAACAACCACAAGAGAUACAGACACAGAUGCAGCAUAUGGAGGUGCAGCUUUGGCAACAGAAACAAGUACAAGCUCAAAGGGUUAUGGAGAGAAUCCUGCAUCCACGUUAUUCAACCAGUGCAGGUGAAUUAGAUCAGACAGAGUGGAGUAAUCACGUACACACUUCACGUGCAUGCUCGCCAUGUUUACAUAGUGGUGAGGAUCGGAGAACUGUGACACACCGUUGCGUGCUACAGCCCAGACAGGUUCACCAUGCACGGGUUGGAUGUAGUGAACAACUACCAGGCAGAAUAACAACAGCGUCAAUGCCGACACAAUCGUAUAUGUCAGAUGACAAAGGGAAUUCACAAUCAAGUGUGUCAAUGGGCAUAAACGACGGGGUGGUUGCCAUACAAGAGGACUCGCAGAUAGUUCCAUCGCAUUCACAAGCGCAAAAUCAUGAAAAUUUCAUGAUCAGUGCAGUCCAUCAGUGGAAAAGACACAAGUUAAUGUUGCUUGCUGGAAUUCAAUCGGAUAGAUCGAAGAUGCCACGUAUGCAACAGACAUGGCAACGAUACUUUUACCAACCGACUCUACAACCACAGCCAUGUUACCCCACCGAAAUAAACCGACGCAGUCGCCAAGUGAUGGGUGCGCUUGGACAAGCAAGUGGUUCUAGUCUCAAUGAAACUUUCUUGGACGGGAUUAUGGAGCAUUUUUCUACUAAUGCAGCGCCCACAGCUGGUAAUGCUCCCACUGCUUCUGCUGGUUCUAACACUGUUCUCGUUAAAGCUCAAGGAAAUGAGGCCAUGUAUAACGCAAUUCUCGCUCGAUCUCGGACUCAGAAUGGAGCAGGAAUGCAGACCCAAAGACGAAGUAAUACACUCCCAAGACCGCCAAUUCUGCCCUCUCGAGCUGCGGUAGUACCUGGAGUAUCGCUGGCACCACAAGAUGUUCGACUACUGACUAUGCGAGAUAUUCUUAAUUGUGAAGACGGAUCUGGCAAAACAGACUCGUGGAGAAAUCAACCUCAAGGAGGGAAACAGCAGCGAGCAUCUUCUAAGCGUAAGAUGCCAAGGAAAAGGACCCCAGUCAAACGGCAAAAAGUGCUUCAAGAACGAAGUGCACAAAACUCUCAGCCACAGCCGCCGACUCGGCUUGCGGGGUCCAUCAUGCCGUACCAGAGUGCUAAUGGCGUGAGAGUGUCAGCAUUUGUACCAACUACGAGACCGUCUACACCCAUGCAUCUAGCUUUCCUGGAGUCUCGAGCUGCUCGUGCAUCGGAACAGGCCGCUGGUGUGACAAACACAAGAUUGUCAAUUUUAACUUCACACUCACAAUCGAUGCUGGCCGCUCCUGUCGAUGAAUUGUCUACCAAAGUUGCCAACCGUAAUAUUGCUGCGUAUGAGGGAUCGAAUUCAGUCAGUAGGAAGACGGCGAACGCGACAUCUGAUAUGUCCGAUUCCUCUGCAACGUGUCAGUCUAUGCAGCAGCAUACCAAAAAACUACAUCAUGAUACAGCGAAGCAAUUGUCUUCCUAUGGGUCCAUCUUUUCGAAAGCGGCGAAAGGCGCUCGAUCCUUGAUUAGGCUGGAUGCAGUCGAAAACGGAAAGGAUGCCAUGAUACCGAAGAAGAUGAGCAAAGCUAAAAGGCCUCGUGCAAGGUUGAUUUUACCUACCGUAGGCGAUCGGGAUCAGCAAGUGCAUGAGAUACCUCCAGAUGAAGGGCUUAUUUUGAGAACAGAAUCGAUUGGAGCGACUGCGGUUGUCCCGGCUACAUCUGUUGUAUCUGGCAUGCCCCGUACAGAGAAUCGAACGGUGGUAAUAUUUUGUAAGCGGGACUUCAUGCGCUAUCAGGCAGCGAGGAUAUGGCGCAAAUACCAAGAACAGCUCAAGAAACACGAAGAAUGGCGUGAAGUUCGCGUUGCCGGCAAGCGCACUCGAUAUCUCAAUUCUCGCUAUGAUGAUGAAAUUCAAAGGGCACAUAGCAAAACCUUUUCUCGGUUGGGCAGGCGAAGCAAGCCAUUGCAGGAGAAAGGGCGAAGCCGCAGUGAUAAGGCGUCUUUAACCUCAGCUGGCCUCGCUUCGGUGAGGCAAGUAGUAUCAUCUCGUGUGCCGGGAGACAACAAGACCGACGAGAGGAAUCUUUCGCUAAGAGGACGCGGUGGAUUGACAGCGUCUGUGGAUUUGAGCAAUGCUAGCGGCGAUUGUUCAUUAAGUGGAAAACUUGGUGUAGCUGACGGUGCUGAAAGCUCAGUGACAACAGAGUGUGUCACGGCUCGUAGACCUGCAGCCGAACGAACUAAAGGGAACACCAAGGCACUGGAAUCAAGUAAUGAUUUUGAGCCAUAA